UAGCAUUGGGCCGAGACAACCCCUCUGCGCGUGUGUGACUUUUGACGCGUUAACCAGAAAUUGGUCUGUUUUUGGGGUCGGAUGCAAUAAUUCCCUUAAUUACUUAGCCAUCUUGCACAAAGACACUAUCAUAUUCUAAACAUAUUGAUUUACUGCAUGUCCUAUUAUUUACUAAUUGAAAACAAUAUGAUGCAUGGAACAUAAUCGAUCAAUAAAUAAUAUAUUGUAAUGAAACCGCACGGAGCAGGUCUCGAACCUUCGAGCCUGAGGUCCGGCGCGCUAUCGACUGUGCCGCAAAAGCAUGCUCGUGCGGCAGGGUCGAUUUCCGCGCUUAUAAACCCAGGGUCGUUACAAUAUCAAUAAGUUAUGCGAAGUGUUACCUGUCAAUAGUGUGUACAAUAUAGAGUUGAGCAUUGAAAGUACCUAACCUAACCACCUCUUGGCUCCCGAGUGGCGCAGCGGUCUAAGGCACAGCAUGUCAGUGGUUCGAAUCCAGGCUGUAUCCCAUCUGGCCGUAAUUGGGAGUCCCAUAGGGUGGCGCACAAUUGUCCCAGCAUCGUCCGGGUUUGGCCUGGGUGAAGGACAUCUCACUGGAGGCCACAGGAGCUUUGUGAAGCCAGUGGGAGACAAUACAUGGACAGAUGACCAACCAAUCACUGUUGAUGAGGGGAGUGGAACCUCAACCCAGCAUGUUAUCGUGAUAGAGUCUGCAGAUGCCAAGGCUGCAGGUCCUGGGGUGAGAGGAGUGGACCCACAGCACAGCAGAGACAUCCAGACUGGUGCGGCUGUAGCAAUGGAGGACCCCGCCACCACCCCAGCGCAGCCCAGCUCCCGACACAGCAUCACGGAGGUCAGUGGAACACGGAAUGCCAUCCUUAGGUCAGAGUCAGAGACUUUAACUGUGACACAAAGGCUUUUACACACAGGAUCUGACGACAGGUCAGACACAGAGAGACUGGGGAGACUGGGCUGUCCUCCUGCUCCCGGCUCAGAGUAUUUACUUUACGGUAACCAAAGCCUGGUUCAUUCCCAUCGGGACUCAGAUGACGCGUUAGAAACUGGCAAUGAUCAAUCUUGUUCUUACGCUAUAGAGAUGGACCCUGGCAACAUAUCCUUAGAUUUAGAGACACAUGCUGAUCCGUCUAGAGGGGACUGGAACCAGCACAGUAGUAGUGUAUACUCUGAAGGGUGCCUGGAUAAGAAAGGGGAGGUUAUAGUGGUAGAUGAAGUGACUGUGAAAGUGGAGGGUGACGUUUCUCCCACUUGGAAUGCAGCUUGUGCAGGACUCUCACAGGGCAGAGAUUUCUUAGAUUACAGUUUAGAGACAAAUCUAAAUGUUGUGACACACUCCCCUUUAGACAUGCUCAGGGAUCGCGACCCAGUGUCCACGUCGAUUGCGCCUUGCGAUUUACAAGGCCGUGUCCUUUUCGAUCAGGUAUUGAACUCAAACAUCAGGGCUAGAGCCCAGACUCAGGGUGGGGGAGCCACAUUAGGCAAUAGUAAAGAGAAACGGUUCCUCUGCAUGUUCUGUAGCAAAGGCUUCAGCUGCACCCAGAAGGUGGAGAUCCAUCAGAGGAUCCACACAGGGGUGAAACCUUUCAGCUGUACCCAGUGUCACAUGCGCUUUGCCCAGGCUGGCCACCUGAAGAGGCACCAGAGGGUCCACACAGGGGUGAAACCCUUCAGCUGUACCCAGUGUCAAAUGCGCUUUGCUCAGGCUGGUGACCUGAAGAGGCACCAGAGAGUCCACUCAGGGGAGAAACCCUUUAGCUGCCAGAUGUGUGAGAAGAGGUUCUCCCGCCAGCACCAGCUGAAGAUGCACCUAAAGGUCCACACAGGAGAGAGGGCAUUCUCCUGAAGGCAUAUAUAGAUUUGUUUAAUAUUUGAAUAUUAUAUUGCAUCCAGACAUUGUGUAAUAAGGCAUACAUAUAUAUGCGUGGAGUCAUGUAGUAACCCAAAAAGUGUUAAACAAAUCAAAAUAUAUUUUAUUUUUUAGAUUCUUCAAAGUAGCCACCCUUUUGCCUUGAUGACAGCUUUGCACACUCUUGGC